AUGGUUGAACCAACAGUUCUUGUUCAUUUUGAUCAAGUUCCCGGGUCUCGAUCGAGGUCAUCUACCGCUGUUUUUCGUUACUCCAUUGUAGGACUAAACGGUUCUCAAAUUUUCCAAAGAAGGCAUUGGUGUUCCAUCAGCUGCCAGAUUGAUGAUCAAAUACUAAGGCAUUGUCCAGAUGAUCAUAUAAUAUUAAGGAAUUUAAGCGUUAAUCCCAGUCACAGUUUUCAAGUUAGUGUUACAACAUUAGAUGGAGAUAGAAACUCAUCAGCUUACAAAUGGUUCAUUGAUACAAUACCACCCACUGCUUCCAUUACUAGCGAGACGAGUUAUACAAACGCUAUGGGAGUAUCUAUUGACAUUACAUUCAGUGAAGCUUGCACAAAAGGAGGUGGUUUCAACUGUAUAAACGCAUCCAGCUGCGAUGUCUUAAUUAAUGGCCCUGCUGAAGUAAAUGCGUCUACACUGAACAUGGUCGAACAUGAUAUCAAGUACAGAAUUAAGGUAGAAUUUUCGGCGACCGGUGUAUCCGGACGUGUAGUAGUGAAGAUGGCAGAUAUGUUUUGUACUGAUGAAGCAGGCAAUCAAUUUAAAAGGACAAAUAAAUCCGUGCUAAUUUUGCAUUUCGAUAGAAGGCCGGUAGACAUGGUUUUAUGGACGACAAUUCCGUCCUACAAAUUGAAGAUAGGCGAGGUUCCAAGAACUGUCCUUGCUACUAACAAAUUGGAAGACUUGGAAUUUUACUUGGACUUCAGCAGUCCCGUAGUUAACUCGACAGCUGAUAUCUUGAGUGUUUUACAUGCAAAUUUUGGUAGCUUGGUACCAAUCAAAACUAAGGGUCAUGGAGGUCGUCGAUUUGUAUUCAGACUUGUAAAUGUAACCAAGACUGAUAUCUUCACAGUAAAAGUCCAACCUUCUUUCAUAAUCAGACAGUCAGGCACAGCUGCCUCUUCCGUUGAACCGAUUGCAUUCUUGUAUGAUAUUACAAGACCAAGUGUGAGGCUGACUACCAAAUUCCCAGGAGUAACCACCAAGGAAUUCAACAUCCAAGUGGUUACUGAGUUUUCAGAGCCAGUGUUCGAUUUUCAGGCCUCUGGAAUAGAGGUUGUAGGGGGCAGUAUUACAAGGCAGAUUUGAAGAGCAUACAAAAACUAUAUUCUCAUUGGUGAUCCUCGGAGGUACUGAGAAUGAGAUAUCAGUUUUUAUUCCUGAAGGAAAAGCAAAUGACAUUUCUGGAAAUCCAAAUCUUGCCUCGAACCAACUGGAAAUAA